UUCAAGCUUUUAUAAUGUGCGAACAUUUACUUUGGCCACUGUUGUUGAUCUUGAUAAUGCCGGUUAUAUGUUCGCCGUCCGGCAGAGAAAGUGUCCGUUAUCCGGCUGGUGUGGAUUUCUUUGAGCACGAGUUCACCAGCUUGUCGCCAGACGAGUAUGAUCCGUUUGGACCCGAUAUUGGCAACGAUGAUCUGGGCAUCGAUGAUCCGGAGACAAUGCCACGAUUGUUUCAGGGUGACAUCGCCAUUGAUCCCUACACAUACAUCAGCCUGCGUCUGGGUGUGAAUCCCAUGCGUCAUCCGAAGCGACUCUGGCCAAAUGGCACCAUUCCCUUCGAAAUAAGUCCGCGCUAUAUAAAUCAGGAGCGGGAUGCCAUUAUACGUGCCCUGAAGACCUUCAACUCCUUGACCUGCAUCCAGUUUGUGCCCUACGACGGCGAAGUGGAGGAUUACCUGUUGAUCGAGCCGCCGGAGGAGGGUCCCCAGGGCUGCUGGUCGUAUGUGGGCAAGCGGGGAGGGGAGCAGGUGGUCGCCCUGCAGCGACCCGACGAGACGAGUGCCCACUGCUUCAGCAGCGAGGGACGCAUCAUGCACGAACUGAUGCACUCCAUUGGAAUAUAUCACGAGCAGUCACGCGCCGAUCGGGACAACUACGUCAAGAUCCACUGGGACAACAUCGUGCCGCGUUUCAAGAAGAACUUCAAACUCGUGUCACGAAAGCGCGGCAAAUAUUCAUUUGACUACGACUACAACUCGGUGAUGCACUACGGCGAGUUCUAUUUCAGCAAGAAGAAGGGAGAGAAGCCGACAAUGACGCCCCUUCAGCCGGGCGUGCGAAUAGGACAGCGAAAGACGAUCAGCAAAAUCGAUUGCCUCAAGAUUAACGAUCUUUAUGGCUGUUUGGAGGGUCGACGCGCCAAAAUGUACAAGAGCUUUUGUCACUUGCUAGGUUUGUAGGUGUUUUUAGAUGUUAUGAAUUAUGAAUCACAUUGAUUCCCCAAGUUAAUAAAUUAUAUAAAUAUUCACUUUAA